ACAGAGAAAAAGAGAGACACAAAGAGAGAGAGAGAAAAAAAAAAGAAAUAUUUGAUUUAUUUUAUCAAAUAUUUUUUUAAUUAUCUCUCUCUCUCUUCUCUCUUCGUUUGCCCGCCGAUCGAAGCCUGUUCGUCUUCUCUCUCAAGAGCAUCAUCAUCAUCAUCAUGGGCGGUGGUGGCCGGAUGAGAUCUCGCUCCGACCAGGAAUAUUCAAAUUUUUUUUAAAAGCAUCAUCAUCAUCAUCAUCAACAACAUGGGCGGUGGUGGCCGGAUGAGAUCUCGCUCCGACGAGGACCACAACUCAACCCAACUCAACGACGCCACCGUCCGGCGAGUCCCCGUCGACAAACCUCCAUUCACACUAAGCCAGUUAAAGAAAUCCAUCCCUCCUCACUGCUUCCACCGCUCCAUUCUCCGUUCCUUCUCCUUCGUCUUCCACGAUCUCUUCAUCUCCACCAUUCUCCUCCUCUUCGCCCUCUACAUCAUCCCUUCCAUCCCUUUCACCCCUCUCCGCCUCGCCGCCUGGCCUCUCUACUGGAUCAUCCAAGGCUCCAUCCUCACCGGCGUCUGGGUCAUCGCUCACGAGUGCGGCCACCACGCCUUCUCCGACUACUCUCUUCUCGACGACAUCGUCGGUCUCAUCCUCCACUCUUUCUUAAUGGUGCCCUAUUUCUCCUGGAAAUACUCUCACCGCCGUCACCACUCCAACACCGGCUCUCUCGAUCGCGAUGAGGUCUUCGUCCCCAAACCCAAAUCCCAACUUCCCUGGUUCUCCAAAUACCUCAACAACCCUUUAGGUCGUUUCCUCUCCCUAUUCAUCUCCCUCACUCUUGGUUGGCCUCUUUACCUCGCCUUCAACGUCUCCGGCCGUCCUUACCCUCGUUUCGCCUGCCACUUCGAUCCUUACGGCCCUAUCUACUCCGAUCGGGAACGUAUCCAGAUCUUCAUCUCCGACGCCGGCAUCCUCACUGUCUCCUUCUUCCUCUACCGUCUCGCCACCAGCUUCUCCCUUUUGUGGCUCAUCCGCAUCUACAUCCUUCCUCUCCUCGUCGUCAACGCUUUCUUGGUCCUCAUCACUUAUCUCCAGCACACUCAUCCUGCUCUCCCUCACUACGGCACUGACGAAUGGGACUGGCUCCGCGGCGCUCUCGCCACCGUCGACCGUGAUUACGGCGUCCUGAACAAGGUCUUCCACCACAUCACAGACACCCAUGUAACUCACCAUCUCUUUUCAACGAUGCCGCAUUACCAUGCUAUGGAAGCCACCAAUGCUAUCAAACCUUUGCUUGGUGAUUACUAUCGCUAUGAUCCUACCCCUGUUUGGCGCGCUAUGUGGCGUGAGGCUCGUGAAUGUGUCUUUGUUGAACCAGAAUCCUCUGCUUCUCAUCCUAACAAGGGCGUCUUCUGGUAUAGCAACAAGUUCUGAGUUAUCAUCUAUUUUCUCACAUUUCUUCUUCAUCGUUUUCAUCGUCUCCUUUUUUUAGUGCUCUGUUCCUGUAGUUCUCCUUUGUUCUCUGUUCUGUUGUUUUGUUUCCAUUCAAAAAAGAAAGAAAGAGAGAGAGAGAGAGAGAGAGAGAGAGAGAGAUGAAUUAGAAGAGGGGACUUCUUUUUUUAGGCUUGUUCUUAUGCAUGUACUGUGACCCAAUUGAAGAGCAAAGCAAGUUGCCUCAUUUUUCUUUUC